AUUAACAAACUCAGUACACGCUCUGUAUAACUAAAACCCGGGACCGGCCGUUUGCAGAACCACAUGACGAAACAAGCAGAGUUUCUUAUUCAUUAUUUACUAAAAAUGCGGACCCUCACGGUGUGUACAUUGGCCCUCCUUGGACUGCCGCAUCUCUCUAGUGGUGGCUGCACAGAUAUACCAAAUCUGAACACAAUCCGACACAUGGGUUCCUCUUUGGGUACCGGACAUACUUUCAAAGUACUCUCCACUCCUAGUUUUCUUGUUUGCAUGGAGUGGUGCCACCGACUUUCGAUGUGUCACUCCGUGGAUUUGAAACGAGAGCGAUCAGAAUGCCGGUUAAACGUGAAAUCGUCCAUCCAGGACCCCAGCCUUUUAAGAACAACCAUUGGCUCAAUUCAUGUCGACAAAGAGAAAUUCCCAGAGUUGGUGUUUGAUGCUUGCCGCACUCACUCCUGUGAAAACAAAACCAUGUGUGUAUCGGGCGGCUGUAUUCCUGUACUGGGUAAGCCGGGAGGGAUUAUGGCAAAUCACUGUCCCUAA